CAAACACAGACUUUAAUUUAAACAAAUUAUUUUUUUUUGUAAAAAAUAAAAAUUUUUAAUAUUGUAAACUUGAUUCUUGUAUUUUUCUUCCUUGUCCCUGAAAAUGUCUAAACAACAACAAAAUAAUAUGUCCGAUUAUGAAUCGGUUAUUGUAACACACGUUGAUAAUCCAACACUUUUUUAUUGUCGUAUUGAACAAGAUAUUGAACGUUAUGAACAAUUGAAACAAUUAAUUGGACAACAUAUUGAUUCGGAACCACAUUCAAUGCCUGAUUUAUUUCGUUGCCGAAAUUCUAGCACUUCUAUUACUGCUUUGGUUUAUUCAGAAAUUCAUAAUGAAUGGUGUAGGGCUCGAUUGAUUUCAAUGAAAAUCGAUCGUAAUCAUAAACCAAUUUGUGCCAAGGUUUGGCUUAUUGAUUUUGGUUCAAUCGAAUUUAUUGCUUGGAAACCGAAAUUCGUUUCUACUUCAACAUUAGAAAUUGAUACUUUUAAUGAAUCACGUGGCCUUUGUUUUCCUUGUUCACUUGAUAAUAUAAAACCAUUUAAUGAUGAUGAUAAUGAUUUGAAAGAAGAAUCGAAAAAACCAUUACAAUGUGAAUGGACAAGUUAUGCUAAUUUUAUGUUUAAAAAAACAACCGCAUCGAAAAAAUUCUUAUUGAAAAUGAUGAAAUCGAAUGAUGAUUUAUUGUUGGAAGAUAAAAAAAUUAUUGUCUGUGAUUUACUAAUCGAAAAUGAUUGUUCAAAAUUGAAUGAAUUUACCAAAUCAUCAUCAUCAUCAAUGAGUAAAUUUCUUGUCGAAUCUAAAGUUGCUCAAUUUAUUAAUGAAAAAAAAUUUUAAAACGUUUUUAUAAAUUUAUUAUUAUUAUUAUUAUGAAUAUAAAACUAAAUAAAUUUCUCUUUUUUUGAUUAUAAUUUGACACAUUUU